CAUCUCAUUCAUCCUCCCUCUGCAUGACGCCGCGCCUUUAUCAGAGCAAACAGAGCUUUAGCAAAGCAGCAGGAACAGCGGCAUACCCACUCAUCAAGCUCCACCAGUUUCUUGUAAAUGGGAUUGAUUUAAUUUCUUCGCCAUUUGGCAGGGGCCUUUUUUUAAUAUUAUUUUGAGGUAUUCUUUUGUGUAGAAUUGAUUUUUUUCUCACUUUGAGGAGAGGAACAUCAUGAAAAGAACUGGACAUCUGGGUAGUUAAUGCCUUCUUGGAUAAUUAUCGAGUAAUAUGUUCUGUUUUUUCACUUAAAAGCUUUGUUUUCUGGCCUAAGUUAGAGCAUAUUAACCCAUUUUAAAUAGGUUUUUGUAUUCUCAGAAUGCUAUGUGUUUAAUUCUUAAUUUUUUACAUCUUAUUUCAACUAAUUUUGUUUUUUGACAGUUUAUAAUUUGCACUUUAUCAAAAAUGAAAAUAAAUUGAUGAAUAUGCUUUGUCUCAAGUCACAUCUGAGAGUGGCAUCACAGGACAGAUCUAGUUACAGGAAGUGGAGGAGUUGUCAUUAAAAUUUGUUUGAUUAACAAGAAUAAAAUAAAAUUAAAAGCGCUACCUGGGUGAACAACUGAGAAUAAAACCUUAGAAAAAGAAAUCUGGGAGAGGAAACUGAGGUGUGAAAUCAGACAGAAGGAGGCGUGGCAGCAGAGAAGGGAGAGAGAGUGGAUGCUCCCCACACCCUGAGAUGCUGUGCUGGCUAAGGGAGGACGAGAUGUCAGCUCAGGAACUGCUACAACGAGUGCAGUGUGUCGUCACACAUGUCGAUGAAAUCAUGCAACAGGAGAUCAGGCCCCUUCUGGCUGUGGACAUCAUAGAGCAGCUUCAUCGGCAGUUUGCCUUACUUUCAGGAGGGCGAGGAAAGGACGGUGCCCCCAUCAUCACUUUCCCAGAGUGCUCAGGUUUCAAUGAAGUGCCAGAAGAAGAUUUCCUUAAUGUAGUCACCUAUCUGACCAGCAUACCCAGCUUGGAUGCUGCCAGUAUCGGCUUUAUCAUCAUCAUCGAUCGGCGUAAGGAUAAAUGGAGUUCGGUGAAGGCCUCUCUAUCCCGGAUUGCUGCAGCAUUUCCAGGAAACCUCCAGUUGGUGUUGGUGCUGAGACCUUCCAGAUUCUUUCAGAGGACAAUAGCUGAUAUCGGAAUAAAGCUCCACAAGGAUGACUUCAAAAUGAAGAUUGUUAUGCUGAACUCUCUGUCAGAUCUUCAUGGGUAUGUGGAUAAAAGUCAGCUGACCCAGGAGUUUGGAGGAAGUCUUGAGUACUCUCACAGCCAGUGGAUACACCACCAAACUGCCAUAGAAAACUUUGCCUUGACAGUGAAAACUACAGCGCAGAUGCUACAGAGGUUUGGGUCGGAGCUGGCAGAGACGGAGCUUCCCAAUGAUGUCCAGAGCACCAAAGACCUACUCGCAGCACACACUGGCAAAUACAAUAACCUAAAGGAGGAGAUGAAGCUAGCUUUAAGACAAGGCAGCACCUUGUUUACCUGCAUCAAGGACCAGACAGCUAAGUCGGAGAACCACAAACUCAAGCCUGACGAGAUGGAGAACCAGACAACCGUGGAAAGACUCCUGGCCCAGCUCGAUGAGACAGAGAAUGCUUUCGAGCAGUUCUGGUGUAAGCAUCAUCUGAAGCUGGAGCAGUGCCUGCAGCUGCGCCAUUUUGAACAGGAUUUCAGAGAAGUUAAAGUGACUCUGGACACACGGAUGGACUCCCUUAAAGGCUUUUCUGAUGCUGGAGAUUGUGUGGCCAGAGUGGAACAUCUGCUAAUGGAGCUCCAAACACUUGAGGAAAAGGUUCAGCCCACACUAGAAAAGGCCCAGCUCCAUGCCAUGCAUGGUGACCAGCUCAUCCAAAGUGACCACUACGCUGUGGACUCCAUCCGGCCGAAGUGUGUGGAGCUCCGGCGGGUCUGCGAUGAUUUCAGCAAUGAAGCCAAGAAAAAGUCUGAUGCCUUGUCUAAGUCUUUGCAUGUACACAUGGGCAUUGAGAAGGUUAACCAGUGGUGUGAGUCUGGCAUAUACCUACUGGCUUCCCAAGCUGUGGAUAAGUGUCAGUCACAGGAAGGGGCAGAAUCAGCUUUAACAGACAUUGAAAACUUCUUGGAAUCAGCAGAAAAGAACCACGUGACAGAACUGAGGAACCUCCACAACCAUUAUGAAGUUAUCCUGUCAGAUGAUGUAAAGGGCAGCGUCCUGAAGGCACUCAAACGACUGGAGGAUGUUCAAGAGAUGUUUGAGAAGCGACGUGUUAGCCUGAAGAGACUGUCAGCCAAACAGACCAGACCCAUUCAGCCGGUGGCCCCACGGCCUGAGUCGUCUCCUAAACGCCCCGCACCAAAGAACGCUGCCAGGACUCCUGGGGGCCAUCAGCCCUUGGCUAGAAAGCUCUCUGAUAACUCAAGCAGUGGCAAGCAACCAGCUGAAGCAGAUCUUAACAAGAAGAAGAACAUACGCAAAACCAAGGGCCUCAAGAUUGAGGUGAUGCAUGAGGAAAGCCAGGGAGGCUCCACCCAUGUUGCUGUAUCAAACGAGAGUGAGGAGUGUCUGUCCAAUAGACGCAGACACAUCAUGACGGAGCUGAUUGAAUCAGAAAGAAUUUAUGUGGAGGAAUUACAGAGCAUCAUGGAGGGCUAUGUUGCUGAGCUGAAUAACUCAGAGCUCUGCCACCUCAUCCCCCCCACGUUAGAGAAUAAGCAAGACGUACUGUUUGGCAACCUGCCAGAAAUAUAUGAUUUUCACAACAAAACAUUCCUCAUGGAGCUGGAGAACUGUGCAGAGAAUCCAGAACUGAUUGGAACCUGUUUUCUGAAGAGGAAAGAAGAACUUCAGGUGUAUGAGAAGUACUGCCAGAAUAAACCCCGCUCUGAGGUGGUGUGGCGGCAGUGUGGAGACAGCCUCUUCUUUCAGGAGUGUCAGAAGAAACUGGACCACAAACUGUCCCUGGAUGCCUACCUGCUGAAGCCUGUACAGAGGAUCACAAAAUACCAGCUUAUGCUUAAGGAAAUGUUAAAAUGCAGUAAGAGAGAGGGGAUGGCUGAGCUGGAGGAGGCCUUAGCUACCAUGCUGGACAUUGUCAAGUCUGUCAAUGACUCCAUGCAUCAGAUAGCCAUCACUGGAUUUGAGGGCAACCUGAGUGAACUGGGAAAGCUGCUGAUGCAGGGAUCAUUUAAUGUGUGGACAGACCAUAAAAAAGGCCAUAACAAGGUGAAGGACCUGGCCAGGUUUAAGCCCAUGCAGAGGCACCUCUUCCUGUAUGAUAAGAUGCUACUGUUCUGUAAGAAACGGGAGGAGAGCACUGAGGGACAUGAGAAGACCCCAUCAUACAGCUUUAAGCACUCGCUAAAGAUGAGCUCGGUUGGGAUAACAGAAAAUGUCAAAGGGGACAACAAAAAGUUUGAGGUGUGGUACAAUGGCAGAGAAGAAGUUUACAUCAUCCAGGCUCCCUCCAUGGAUGUGAAGAAUAUGUGGGUGUCAGAGAUCCGUAAAGUUCUUACAGGCCAGCUAGAAGCAUGCAGAGAGGCCAGCCAGAACAAUAACUAUGGAGUACCAAUGAGGAAUGUCCGGAAGAUGGGUCUGAGACGGUCAGAUUCAUCUAAUCCAGAAUCAGUAUUCAGGAGAGCUAACCCGAGUCCCAACAUGAGGCAGAGAAAAGGUCCCCUCUCUGCUAGCAUUAAGAGCAAGAGACACGAGAUAAAGAGUGAUCCCACUCCCUUUGGCUAUGAAGAUACGCUAUGUGGUGCAAUGGCUGCAGGCGGGAAGCGGCAGAGCAUGACCAGCAGCAUCGCUGGUGGUGCUGGUAGCAAAGCAGCCGUCCCCAGAUCAACCUCACAGCCAGGCUGGACCCAGAGACGUCUCCUCUCCAUGGACACAGAGGACUUUGAGACAAUUCCGUCCAGCGGAGAGGAGUCCUCCAACUCUUCUGAGGACGAAGCCAACAAUAAGAAUGGUGGCAGCAGCCGGUACCGGGUGCAGCUGACAUAUACGUCAUGUGAAGCAAGGGACCUCCAAUUUCUGGAGGAAGGAGAAAAUGGAAACUGAUAUCUUCAGUGAUCUGUGUACAGCAGCACUCUCUGAUUCUGAAGAAAACAGCGUCAGUACUAGGGAAGAUGUGUCUUAGUACUGCAAGUAAAUAUCAGUGGACUGUUGUAAUUCAUUUGACUUUGAUCUCAGACAUUGAUCAGCUUAAUAACUGCAAUCUUCAAUAUGUAAUUUAAAAGGAUUAUAACUACUUGUAUUUUUUUUAUGGACUACAGAUAUGCCUUGCUCUUAUUGUUGUAAUUUUUUUUUCUUUGAUUCACUGAUGUUUGUGAGUGAAACUCCUGCAGGAAGAAGCUGGAACUUUCUCGAGUGCCACUAUUAGAAAGCCUUCUGUAUUUUUAAAAUAAUUUCUACUAGGGAUGCGGAAUAUAUCAGCACUAACAUCAGAAUCGAUUAGUAACUUUUUUAAUACAUCAAUUUGAUAAAUCAAACUGGGCCAAUAUUAACAACUGAUAUUUUUUUCUAUCUUGUUGCCAUUUGCUUUUGGACAGGAGAGAAGGAGGUUGCUCGUGUGGUAUUUGUUUGGUCAUGUGAUAGUAAUGUUGAUGCAGCAAACACAGAAGCACUGGGAAAGUCAAGCACAUAUAAUAUUGGUUAUUAGCCAUAACAGCAAUAUUAGUAUCAGCUAUUGAUAUUGGCCCAAAUGUUCAUAUUGUUGCAUCUCUAAUUUUUACUCCCACUGAGUGGAUUGGCUAUAUACAGUAAACAUAACCUCAGAUUUACAGUCUCUUCAGAAACUAUUCAGAGCCCUUCACAUAUUGCACUUUUUAAAAUGAUUUUCAAUUCAGUUAAAAAUGCUGCUGGUAAAAUGCGCUAAAUAUGUGAAAAGAUGAAAUUGGCAUUUGCUGACAUAAGCAAAUUUUCUUGAAGCUGCUUUCUUCCACUUCUAGCGCUGCUCUUUAAUUGCUUCUGUAGAAAGAAGGGAAUAACUUCUCUGAGGUAAGAGAGCCCCUUGAGUGCUCUGUCACAAAAACAGGUGUCUCCUGGUAAAUGCUUGAUAUUCUUUAUUGUAUUCUGACCCUCAGAGUAUUUAGUGUUUUAGUUUAACUACAUCAAAACGUUUUGCCACACAGGUCAAAAUUAUGAAGUGAAAAGGACUUUUAGAUGCCCCAAAAUUAAAAAAAUCCAGAAGUGUGACUUUUGUUAUUACCCAACCAGCAAACUAAAAAUGUAAUGUUUUAAUUAAUUGAAUAAAGUUGUUAAAAAUUUUGUAGAAAAUGUAUCUAUAAAUCAGUGUAAAUCUGAGACAUAAAUGGGGUUCUUGCUCCACUGAUCUGCGUGACUCAACUCUGCAUUAUCUGGGAAUGGGACCAGAACAACAAAAAAACCCACAAAAUGUUUCCUUUGUGGAUGCAUUGUCUCAUUAUACAAUACACAUGUGAAAACAAAACUCUUAAUAUCAUGAUUUCAGUUUCUCUGUGACUUGUUAGGUGAAGAUUAUUGUGAUGACAUUAAGUUUGAAACAACUUGAGAUCUGAUUAUUUCCUGAGGAGACUGUUCUGACUUGCCUUUUUUCACAUCUGUAAGAAAUUAAUAGCUGCAGAAUUACUGCAAAAUACCUACAUUACUGUAACAGCUCUUAAUAUAAAAUAUCUUUACUUUGUUUUACAUAAGUGGAAAUCCUGAAAAAAACAUGUUGGUGAUACAAAAUUACAACUAAUGAUUUUUAUGUCACUCAGGGGCAUAAUGGCAAUUUUUGCACAGUUUGUUGGGGCUUAUUUACUGUGUUUUAGUUUACUUUAAAGCUGUAUGCUAUGUUUUUCGUUUGAGCAGACAGCUUCAUGAAGGGGGGUUCUGCUCCAUCCAUAGUUAACUCUUUUGAGCCUAAAAGUGGAGCAAGGCCAGGAUGCCAAUAGCACAGUAUGCAGAGUCACAUGUAGCCAUGAUUAAAUGACCAUCUUGGGCUUGGACUGAUUGCUGCAACAUGAACACAUUUCCUCUAUCAGGGGUUUUUGCAUCUUGGAAAGUCCAAUUCACAACAAAUUCCUUUUAUCAGCUAAUGAUAGUUAAAUCACUUCCUGGCAGAAAAAAACAAUCAGAUCUGAUGUGUUUUCCAUUUUCUUCUUUGUACAUCAUCAUGGAAAGUAUGAGGAAGAAACCAGAUGGCUUUUGAAGGAAAUUAUUAUUUCUGUGUUCAGAAACCGAUUUGUCUCUGUGACAUGUUAUGCUUCAUGGCCCAGAGAAAAACUCACUCAUUUCUACAUAAUGAGAUUCUGUUAAGAACAUUUCAUACUUUGAGUUGCUGUUUUCGACCUUGCACCUGCAGACAGGACACACUCAAAUAUUGUUUCUAAUAUUUGUACUUGGGCUGCACAGUGACAGGAAAAUUAAUGAUAAGUGGUUAUAUGUAGAAACCUGUUUGACACAGUUUCUUAUGUCUAAUUAACUUGUUCUGAUUCGUUUCUGUUUGUUACUAGCAGCAGAAGGACUUGUUUAUUCAGCUCACUGUCACAUACUGUUUAAAUUUACAUCAUAAUAUUUUUAAAACCAAGAGUGAAAGCUAACAAUUUUGCCACAUUAGUUGUGUUUCAGAAUUUAGUGCUGGUCCUCAAUCUGUAACCUAUUAUCCUAACUAUAAUCUAAAGUACACUGAAUAAAAAGUUCAGACUAUUAAGCAAUAUGCUCUAAACAUUGUUGAAGAACUACACUUCAGUAAGCAGCAGAUAAAACAUUUCCCUUCAAUUAAUAUUCAAUCUUUUCUAUCUUUUACUGCUGUGUCUUGUUCCCCUCUGUUGAACAUGUAUCUUUGAACAUUUGCAUUUGAUGACAUUACUUUGAGAACACUGACAUAUAGCUUCCCUGUUUCACUCCCAGAAGGAUUAUAUCUUUUUAAAAUCACCCUGGCUACAAGCUGUAAUGUGUUUGAAAUGAAAGAAUACACCAGAGUUUAUCACAGGAUGUCAGAUAACUGGACACUGUAACAUACAGUGAGCCCCUUAAUGAGUAUAUUAAUGAAUAAUUUGCUUGCAAGAAUUGAUCCAUGAGUGUAAUUUGUAUUUUGUUUGAUCAGAAUUAACUGGAAAAUGCUGUAUCUUUCUUUAGGAAAUAAUUCGGUUAUACUGCAUCAUGAAUAAUGCUAGAAUCUUUUCAACUCUAGAAUGUAUCAUGUCUGUAUAUUGUAUCUGUUAUUAUAUUGUACAUAUUGCUCACUAUGAUGAAAUACCUUUACAAUA